GGAAAUUAAAAAAUUACUGGCUAACCAGUAUUGUAUAUUUAAAGUAUAUAUGUAGGAAUGUGGAUGUAAAAAACUGUGGGUAAAAAGGUACGCGUAUUAUUUGGCUCACGGCUCUGCUCGCAAUCCUAAAUCGUAAGAUCGUCGACGGAUUUGUAUUACCGUUUUAUUUCGUGACUAAAAUAUGUAGCUCGAUAUAACAAGAGCAGUGAGGGAAAAUGAUAAAUUUUAUUUAAAAAUAUUUGUAGUCUGGUAGCCAUUUGUUGGAAAGAUUGUAGGCUUAGUUUGUGGAUUCAAAUAAGUCUGAGGACUUUGACGUUUGGAAGGUGGGAGUAAUUUUUAGUUAUUUUGAUGGUAAAGAUGAGGCCGUCUGAUAUAAUAGGCACACGCGGGAACCGUUUUGAUGCGCGUCAUCGUCAGGCCGCGCACAACGCCACGCAUCUUUUGACAUUUCGUAUGUGAUGCCUGACACGUAUGCUAGUUGUUUACUCGCGGCUCCGAUUGCUUUAUCUCCGUGUUCGUGAGACGACUUGUUAAAUUCUGCGUGACCCACUGGAUUACCGAUAGCAUUAAAUUUAAAAUUCAUUACUGAUGCCCAUGUGUCAAAGUACUCGUGAUCGUGAAAUGUGCUGAGAGGCGGAGCUGCUGCUGCUGCAACUGCUGGUACUGGUACUGCUGCUCUGCUAUUUAGUUGUAACUGGGACUAAAAACUAUAACUUAAAACUCUGGUUGUUGAGGACAAAGAAACUCUCGAAACUAGAGACUAUAAAAGUGUCGCUUGAUGGAUCAACUGUGAUUGGUUGUGAAAGUGAAAUCAGUGUGUUGUGACAAUCCAGAGACUGUAGACAUUGAAAAGAUUUAGCUGGAAGUAUAACAUUAUUUUUUUUUUUUUUUUUUUUUUUUUUUUUUUUUAAUUUUAUUUUAUAUUUUUUUAAAUGUUUAAAAGGAAACAAGUUUAUUUUUGUAACUUAGUUUACUUUUAAUUUUAAUUACGUGAGUUUUAUAUAUAAAUAUAUUAUAUGUACAUAUAUAUAUAUACAUGACCUGACAACGUCCUUCUGAUUCUGUCACACAUUAACGGUUUACUGAUAAUAUUAUCACGCAAACGCAACAAUACGCAUUUAUUUAUUUUAUUUUUUUUCUGAUCGAGCAGCUCGUACUCGUCGACUUUUAAACACGAGUUGAGGGAAUACACGCAACUUUAAAACGUGCGUGUGUUACAAUACGUCUUGCUGGGUUUUUUUUAUUUUGUUAUCGUGUAUGUAUUUACUCGCUGUGUUGAUGCGUAGUGAAUAGAGUUAUAAAAAAAAAAAAAUAUAAGUUUAUAUGUGUAAGUGUUUUUGUGUGUGACAGAACAGGGGGAGAAAAAAGUUGUCAGUGUUUCCAAGUUUCAAGUGGCCUAAAGUCCCAAGUGCCGGCCGGCCGGCGCGAAAGAUUGAAAGACAAUAAGAAGAAAUAGAAUUAAAAAAUAAGUUUAAGAAGAAUAAGAGAAGGAGUAAAAGAGUAGGAGGAAAAGGACGAGAACGAAGUUGAAGAAUAAUAGAAGUUAAGGAGAACAACGAAGCGGACGCGAGGCAGGCCGGCGGGACGGCUUCACGUUAAACAAUACUUGGCUAAAAUAUAAUAAAAAAUAUAUUUUGUUACAUUGAGUUAACUUUUAAAGUUGACAGCAGAGUUGUAACAAAAACAAAAGCACCAGCAACAUUAAAUAACUUGGAAAUAUGAGCAUUGCUGCAUUACUGCAAGCCGCUGAGUACAUUGAACGAAGAGAAAGAGAAGCUGAGCAUGGAUAUGCAUCGACUAUGCCCAUUCCUGAUGAUCUCAGGGCGCUCUCCAAGAGGUCAAAGACGAAAAAAUCUCAGGGUAGUCGGACUACCCACAAUGAACUGGAAAAAAAUCGACGAGCGCACCUCAGAAAUUGCCUGGAAAAGUUGAAAAUUUUGGUACCUCUGGGUGCUGAAACCUCCAGACACACAACGCUUGGCUUGCUGACCAAGGCCAAAAGAUUUAUCAAGAACUUGGAAGACCGAGAACGAAAGCAUGCCGCGCACAAGGAGCAGUUGGCACGAGAACACCGAUACCUGAGGCGACGUUUCGAGCAACUAACUGGUCAGCCAAGUACCCUUGCUACAUUACGUGGAUUUCCUGGCCUUGAGGGUAAUACCUAUGGGCUGAGCACAAGUGCACCAUCCACAUCAUCAUGUAGCUCAGCAGCAGCUGUUGCUGCAGCCGCGACAGCAGCUUUGAUAUCUAAACGACGAAGUGUAUCUGAAUGCUCUGUCACCACGGUAUCGUCCACUGGUUCAGCCAGCAGUUCUCGCAAUUCUGACAGAUCAACUGGCAGCCCAUCUAUCUCAGAAUCUGAUGAAGUAGAUGUCAUUGGAUACACGAGCAAUCAGUCGGAUACUGAUGAUCACAGCAGCGUACAAAGCAGCAGUGACAGUGGCGUUGCCAUGUCUACGUCACGACUUACUCUAUCUGAAAUGAUGGACAAUCUUUAGAUGAAAAAUAAAACGACGGAGUUCUAGUGGUAAGGGAGCAUUCCGGAAUUAUUAUUAUUAUUUUUUAACUAUAAUAAUAAUUAUAAUGAUGAUAAUAAUAAUAAUAUCGCACCGAAGAAGUAACGAUUAAUUGGAUAACAAAAAAAAAAAAAUUAAAUAUUUAAUUAUUGACAAAUGUCAUUGACACGCGAAUGAGGGUAUUUGUGAUUGUAAAUCAACGUUAUUUAACAUUUAUCCCACUGAUAAUUCCUCAAAAAAUAAUAUUACACAACAAUAAAUUUGUGCAAUCGUAAUUUCAACAGUUAUGUUAAUUAUGUAAACUAUUGUUUACAAUUUAAAUAUUAAAAAUGAAUAAGACGAGCUGAAUAAUCAGUGGGUUAUUUUUGUUUUUUAUCUAAAUAUAUUUUUAUUUAUGAUUUACAGACACAAAUAAUUGACAGUAAUAAUUAUCAGUCGGCUCCGCGUAAACUUUUAUCUGUAUAUUAUUAAUAUAAUUAUUAUUAAUUAAAUAAUUAAUUAAUAUUUUACUGUAAAAGUAUUGUAUAUAUUUUUAAGAGAAAUGGGGAUUGGCAAGUAUAACAAGACAUGAAUUUAUAAGCGCUAAUAUAUAUUAUACAUGAAUGUUGUAACAAGAUGACAGAAAAAGAAAAAGAAAAACAAAAAAAAAUAAUAAUAUUAAAAAAAAAAAUCAUUGUCGAGGUAUCGGAUAACAAGUUACGAAAUCAACCAAGCUAAUUGAUAGAGACAAAUGUCAGAUUAUCUUGACUAAAGAUAAAUAAAAAAAAAAAAAAAAUAAAACAAAUUAAAAAACAAAAAAAUAUUAAAAAU